GUCCCCGAUCCCGGCUGUCUUCACAGCCAGUAGCGUCUUCAGUCCAGACCCCAUAACCAAUCCUCGGCCCUAUUCCGGUGCACCUACAGCCCUGCACCUUUCACCGCCUCCAUGCCCACCCCAAGUCCGGUUUCACCCAGUCCGCGAUCACGGCCGCGCCCCUCAGCCAAUCCACGCUCUGAAUCACCCUAGAGUGAGUCCCGCCCAGGCGUUGGCCCCACGUCCGAAUCACUUAACCCCAGGCCCCUGAUCCCAGGGGGGACUCGAGCUUGAGAGGCAGGGUUGUCGCUUUCGAGAGAGAGAGAAGUAAUUCAGAAUGCAUGCCUGUUAUACAACUGGAAUAUCUUGAAAUGGCUUGCUAGCUGACUAUGGAAUCAUUGAGAGAAGUACCAUCUGAGAAAAUAACCUGAAACAUGUUUUUGGCUCAGAGGAGACUCUUUCCUUGGCAGUAAAGGUAAAUUCCUGAAGAUGAUUUAUUCUUCAAAAAUCUUCAGACUCUUCACUUCUGCUGUAGAAAAUGUCUUUGAAAUUUAAAAAUGCAAAACGAAUCGAAGGCCUUGAUAGUAACGUGUGGAUCGAAUUUACCAAAUUGGCUGCAGCACCCUCUGUUGUGAAUCUUGGCCAAGGCCUUCCAGAUAUAUCCCCUCCUCUAUAUGUCAAGGAAGAAUUAUCAAAGAUUGCAGCAAUUGAUAGCCUGAAUCAGUAUACAAACGGCUUUGGUCAUCCAUCACUUGUGAAAGCUCUGUCCUGCCUAUAUGGAAAAAUUUAUCAAAAUCAAAUUGAUCCAAAUAAAGAAAUCCUUGUGACAGUAGGAGCAUAUGGAUCUCUUUUUAAUGCCAUUCAAGGAUUAAUUGACGAGGGAGAUGAAGUCAUAAUAAUAGUGCCUUUCUAUGACUGCUAUGAGCCCAUGGUGAGAAUGGCUGGAGGAAAACCUGUUUUUAUUUCUUUAAGAUCUAAACCUGUCAAUGGGAAAAAAUGGUCUAGUUCUGACUGGACAUUGGAUCCUGAAGAACUGGCAAGUAAAUUUAAUUCCAAAACCAAAGCUAUUAUACUAAAUACUCCACAUAACCCCAUUGGCAAGGUGUACACAAAAGAGGAACUCCAAGUAAUUGCUGACCUUUGCAUCCAAUAUGACACACUCUGCAUCAGUGACGAGGUUUAUGAGUGGCUUGUAUAUACUGGAAACAAGCAUUUAAAAAUAGCUACUUUUCCAGGCAUGUGGGAGAGAACAAUCACAAUAGGAAGUGCUGGAAAGACUUUCAGUGUAACUGGCUGGAAGCUUGGCUGGUCCAUUGGCCCUUAUCAUUUGAUAAAACAUUUACAGACAGUUCAACAGAACACCGUUUAUACUUGUGCAACUCCUUUACAGGAAGCCUUGGCUCGAGCUUUUUGGAUUGACAUCAAGCGCAUGGAUGACCCAGAGUGUUACUUUAAUUCUUUGCCAAAAGAGUUAGAAGUAAAAAGAGAUCGGAUGGUACAUUUACUUGAAAGUGUUGGCCUGAAAUCCAUAGUUCCUGAUGGGGGAUACUUCAUCAUUGCUGAUGUGUCUUUUCUAGAUGCAGACCUCUCUGAUAUGAAGAACAGCAAUGAACCUUAUGACUAUAAAUUUGUGAAAUGGAUGGUUAAAAAUAAGAAACUGUCAGCCAUUCCAGUUUCAGCAUUCUGUAACACAGAGACUAAAUUACAGUUUGAGAAGUUUGUGCGAUUUUGCUUCAUUAAAAAAGACAGUACGCUAGAUGCUGCUGAAGAAAUCAUCAAGGCAUGGAAUACGUAGACGUCUUGAUAAAUGCAAACUGUUAACUUUUCAGUUUGGCGUUGUUAUUAGUGCUGCCACUUCCUGGAUACUACAAAAGAAAAAUCAGUACAAAUGAAAUUAAAGGAAAUAUUUUUAUUUUUCCAAAGAACCUAACCCCUUGAUAACAGUAUUCAGGAGAUAUGAUUUUUUUUUUCAGUUGAAAUGAAUUAAAAUACCUUCCAUUACCAUUUUAUGAGUCAGUAUAGCAUCGUGGAUAAGAACUGUGAGAUAAUGUUUCAUGCUUAGCCUUUGUGCUUCAGUUUCCUCAUCAUAAAAGGAGAAUAAAAAGUGUUACACUUUAUGAAAUUUG